AUGGAGACGUAUUACGGGCACGUCCGCACACCUGCGGACGCUAUUAUUCUAUUUGAAGCUUGUCGCAUCGGCCUUUUACCACGAGUACAAAGACGACUCUCAGAAAAAGAGCGACAGUCGAUCCGAUCUGGCUCGGUCUUUGUAUGGGAUGAGCGCGAAGCGGGCAUGCGCCGAUGGACCGAUGGAAAGUCAUGGAGCGCAAGCCGUGUGUCGGGGAGUUUCUUGACCUAUCGGGAAAUGGAAGGCAAGCGUGGAGGUGGUGUAGCCCAGAGCUCUUUACAACGAGGAGGCAAGACACCUGAGAGUCGGGGCAGCGAUGAAGAUCGAGGCGAUGGGACGGAUGAGGGACCGGAUGGGUACCGAUACAAGCCCGAUGGCUUGAUGAAGCAGUCUUUCAGUAUCACGACUUCCAACGGCCAGCAUUUGCAUUUGAUCAGCUACUACUCGCGCUCUCACCCCUCUGCCGCCAACCUUCAACAACCAACAUCCGACCCGGCGCUGCGCCAUGUCCGCCCCCAAAAGGGUCUCUACCCUGAGUCGACAGUCAAUGAUCAACAAAACCUCCCGGUCGUGACUCGCGGACCCAUGCAAGGUGCUUCUUAUCCGAUUACGCCUCAUCCCAUCGGCGCUUACCAGCGCGCCACCCAUGCACCACCAUUCCCGCAAGGCUAUGCAUGGCCCCCAACUCCCCUGGCCACACCUCCUACAAUAUCAGUUCCAUAUGGCGCCCAGUAUCUUCCCCCGAUGGCAGCCGCUGGACCCCCUCCAUAUGGCCCACCACACCAUCAACCGCCGCCACAUCAACAUUCUAACCUUCCACCACCUCCACACGGGAUACCCGGUCCAUAUGAAAGGCCACCCCAUGUCGAGCCGGCGCUACCCCAGGUGGGCCCCCUCAUCAGCCCUACGUAA